CACUGAGUUGCCAGCAUCUCACUUCACAGCAACAUCAGCCGUGAACGACGCCAUGAGCUAUCUCGCCACCGCCCGCCUGCGCCAGGCAUGAGUCAAGUCACGAAGCCCCUGCCGGCCCUGUACACGGUCUACGUCCUGCGCUCUACCGUGCGCCACGCGUCGCUGUACAUUGGCUCGACGCCGAACCCGCCACGGCGGCUCAAGCAGCACAAUGGCGACGUCAAGGGCGGCGCGGCGCGCACGUCGCGGCACACGCUGCGGCCCUGGGAGAUGAUUGUCCUCGUGUCUGGAUUCCCCAGCAUGAUUGCCGCGCUCAAGUUUGAAUGGGCGCUCACAAACCCGCACCUGUCGCUGCAUAUACCCGACGAGUCGCGGCUCGCCGUCUCGACGCAGCGCAAGAAGAACGGCAUGCCCAGGCGCCCGCCGCACAGCCUCAACUCGGUCGUGUCGAACCUGCACCUCCUCACGGGCGUGCCGAGCUUCGCACGCUGGCCCUUGAACCUGCACUUCCUAGCGCGGGAGCCGCACGCGGCGUGGAAGACCUGGCUCGCGACGUUGGGCAAGCCCAGCAGGCCCGGGCUACGCAUCCUGACCGACUAUGAUGUGCAGCCACCGCCGAGGAAUAGUGGUGACCGCGACGGCGGCGGUAGCGGUAGCGGUCAUAGUGGUGACGCCGCGGCGGAAGCGUCCCAGCGGGGCAUAUACGCCCUCCCGCUGGACUACAAGCCCCUCCGCGCGUACGUCGAAAAGGCGCACGACGUGGUGUCGUUUGAGCGUGAGGGCGCCUGCGUGCACUGCGGAGAGCAGCUCGAGUCGGGCCGGGGGCUGCACACCAUGUGCCCCAACGACGGGUGCAGGGGCAUGGGCCACCUCGACUGCUGGAGCAGGCACGCGCUUGCUGGCGACGAAGACGGGCAGCAGGGCGAGGUGAUACCUGAUGUUUGCGCGUGUCCGUCGUGUGGAGGCGAGGUGCGCUGGGGAGACAUGAUGAAGGAGCUAAGCCUUCGGGUUCGCGGGGCCAACGAGGUGGACAAGCUGCUUAAGAAGAAGAAGACGAGGAAAACGACGAAGACGACCGCACCGACGGUGGGUUGAGCGCUGGGGGCGCUGUAUAUCGCGAAUUCUGGGACAGGGCCUUGGCAUUGGGAGUAUGGAUCAUCGACCGGGUUAUUAUAAAGGACGAUGUACAUGGCUGGGACUCACGGAGGAUUGCUACGAAGGCCAAUGUACAUGUGCUGUAGGUCUGCUUGCACUUUUUUUCUCGCAGCGCUUCGGAGUAACUGCAUCACGGAGGAAUGUUUUGCGACGGCGCAGGUGCUGGAAUCUCUUUCAGGGCUGCCCGGGAUUUUUUCGCCUGAAUACAAAGUACGCGAAGCGACAAAUUUCCACUCCCUUUCUCGUCGUCAUCAACUUGCAGCAAUAUCAUCAUCUACAUCAC